AUGAGGGCGAUUCACCCUCCUCCUCGGAGGAGGAGAUUAUCGGAGGAGGCAGCGUGUGGGGCGUGGAUCUGGGGGUCGAGGUGGAGGAGGCGCAUCGCGCGGCGUGCGCUGCGGAGAAUUCCACCUACACCGACCCCGAAACAGGCUACUCGGUCUUCACGGCGCCGGCUCUUCUCAAACCCGGCCGCUGCUGCGGCAAUAAAUGCAGGCACUGUCCCUUUGGUCACUAUGCUGUGCACCGCCCCCUUCAUCCAUCGCCCCCCGCCCCCCCCUUCCGUCCGUUUCUUUCCCCCCUUGCUUGCCACCAGGCACUGUCCCUUCGGUCACUAUGCUGUGCGCACCAACGCCUUCAUGUCACGAACCAACUCUCUCACUGAGCCCAUGCUGCUGUCUCCCACCAAGGCCCCUGCUCCCUCCUCGCCUGCACUCGCCCUGCUCUGGGACGGCAGCCUUCCCGCCCUGCUCGCCCUUCAGGCUCUCACGGACCAAUCAAAAUCUGCCACGUCAGCCGGCUCAUCAUCACCGAAUGUUGUGCUGACGACUCUCUUUGACCCGCACUCGGGGCAAGUUCUGUCCCCCACUAGCAUUCCUCAUGCAGCCGCUGCAACGGCUGUGGCCGCUACAGCUGAUGCAGCAGCUACAAUUGCUGUAUCAGCUACAACUGAUGGAGCCGCUACAGCUGUCGUAGCUGCUAAAACCGAUGUACCACCAGCAACCGCCUCUCGGGCAGCUGAAAGUCUCUGCUGCCUGCCCGUCUCGAUCCGGGCAGUGAUGGACCAAUCGAUGGCGCUGAAACGCCCGCUACUCGCAGUCCCUGUAGAGGGAUCUAAGGCACUGAGUGCAGCAGCAUCGGUCCCUGUGAAGCCAGUGUUUGAGCACCAGUCGCUCAUCAGAAUGGCACCACUCGCACGAGGCUCGACUUUCCUGCAACCAUCCCAGUUCCGAGUCCUCAUGCACGAGGCAGGCACAUGGCAGCAUGUUACCACAGAGGAGGCGGUUACCCGGCUUGCUUCCUCUCCUUCUCCUCCAUCGUCUCGCCCGUCAUGGGCUGGAGCUGCUCCCGUUGCUCGCCUGCCAUUGGUUCCCACUUUUGUGGAGAUCCAAGCGCCUGCGCCUGCCAGCCGGUUCAGCAGGUGGAUUGCCGCGAUUCGAUAUGUGAUGCAUGCGGUGUUGAGAUGA